ACUCCUCAUCUUAACUGAGACCAGUAGUAGCUCCCACACUGGCAAUAGAGGGGAAGAUAGGAUAUCAAUAUGGAGGAAAAGGAGAUGACAAUGGAGAGCAAUGAAGCGGUGAAGGUGGCAGAGUGUGGGUGCUGUGGCAUGAGGGAGGAAUGCACAGCGGACUACAUUGCAGUGGUGAAGGAGCGCUUUGGUGGUGUGUGGGUCUGUGGGCUCUGUGAAGUGGCAAUCAAGGAUGAACAGGCAAGGCUUGGAAUCAGUGUUGAGGCAGCAAUGCUGGUCCACUCCAAGUUCAGAGAGACUACCAAUGUUGAUCCCACAGUACGCGUUGCUCGAUCUCUUCUCCACCUGCUCAAGAAGAUUAUCUCUUCCACCAGCACCACAACGACCACCCCCUCUUCACAGCCCUGACAAGUUUGUUUCCUUUGAUGCACUUAAUGUUCAGCAUGUCCCAUAACUGAGCUCAGUGAUUGGUCAUCAGCGUAUCAACAACAGCUUCUUAAUCAAUGGGCCACACCAUCGAUCUCCUACUAU